CCUGAGUCAGCGCUCCGUCAGGGAGGGAAUGUGCGCAUGAUAACAAUUAGCAGACUGUCUCUUUAACAAGCAGAGAGGAACCAGUGCUGAUCCAGAGAGCCGGAGAGUUAGACUCACAGCUACAGAGCUCCACACCACUCAGGAACCAUGUCUGCCGUCUACCUCGUCCUCCUGCUGCUGCCUCUGGUCUCAGCUCAGACGUAUCACUGGGGUCCCUGUCCCAGUCCGGCAGUGCAGCCCGGCUUCGACGUCCAAAAGUAUCUGGGACGGUGGUACGAGAUAGCGAGGCUUCCCAAUUCCUUUGAAAGGGGGAAAUGCAUCGAGGCGAAUUACGCCUUGAGGAAAGAUGGAACCAUCCGAGUCCUGAACUCUCAGCUGUAUAAAGAUAAAGUGAGCACAGCAGAAGGGACAGCUGUGGUUCCCGAUACGAGGGAGAUGGCCAAACUUGGAGUCAGCUUCUCAUACUUCACUCCCUACAGCCCGUACUGGGUCCUCACCACCGACUACACCAGCCUGGCGGUGGUGUACUCCUGCACGGAUGUCCUCCGCCUGUUCCGAGUCGAGUACGCCUGGAUCCUGUCGCGGUCGCGCUUCCCGCCGCCACAGACGGUUCGCUAUGCCAAAGAGCUGCUGGUCAGGGAAGGAAUCGACAUUUCCAGGAUGAAGGCCACCGAUCAGAACUGCAAAGACAACUAGGAGGCCGCUUCUUAGUCAUGUCUCACUAUUUCUGCUUAGAAAGUUUGUUUUUAUUAAUGCGAAGAAAUAAUAUUUUAAGAUUUCUGUGUUUAAUUGUAGUUAUACCUGUUAUUGUGAUAUUUAUAAGCACAACAAACUUUAUAUAUUUUGAUUCUGCUUUUCUGUUAAAUGGUCGCUGAUUGAAGAUGGAAAUAUUAACUGAAGGGUUGUUGUUUACUAUAUUACAACAGUGUAAGUCACAUUUUCUGUAAUAAAUAGUAAAUAAUGGACAACUG